UGCGUGCGCAUGGAGUCCAGCGCCUGACUGCUUCCUCAACGUUUUGAUGUCAGAAGAGGAGAGCGCCAAAACAAUGGAGCCCCAGAGGAAGCGCUGGAAAGGCUCCGAGUGUGGCUCUGAUUCCUGGACAGUUUACCCUGUGCUGUCGGAUGAGCAGUCACAAGACCUGGAGCUGGUGGAGGCGUUUGCUGCACCCGUGCUCAACAAGAAGGAGACAUCUCGACUUCUCCGCGAGCUGAGCAGCCUGUACCCAAUGAGCGGCCUUCAGCACAUCAAGAGGGUGCGGACGGUGAAGGGCAGCCCCCACCCUCUGGAGGUCCUCCUGUGUCUUGUCAGGGACGCACCACACAUGGAGGUUCUGAGCAUCGACUCUCUGCUCCCCUCAGGAGUGAAACAUGACGCCUUGGGUGAGCCUUUUCGGGUUAAGAUCCCUGCACGUCCCCCCUUGACCCGCCCCCAGUUUGAGCAGGCGGGCAAACACUGGCCCACCUCCUUCCAUGAGGACAAACAGGUGACGGUGGCCCUGAGGGGGGAGCUGUUCACUGCACCUCAGAAGGCCAGUAUGCACAUGCACAUGAUGUCUGCUCUGACUGCGGCCAAAGCAGGAAGUGAGUUGGGGAUGGACGCGGUGGGGGCCGUGGUGGUGGACCCAUCAACAGAGAAGGUCAUUGCAGUGGGCCAUGACUGCAGAGGAGACCACCCCCUCCAUCAUGCAGUCAUGGUCUGCAUUGAUCUCGUGGCACGUAGCCAGGCCGGCGGGAGUUAUUAUUUUGACCAAUACCCUGCUUGUACAUUUACUCCCCCAGCCUCGGAUACCUUUCAAAGCACUCCCAGCUCUCUGCCAUACAUCUGCACUGGGUACGACCUCUACGUGACCCGUGAACCUUGUAUCAUGUGUGCCAUGGCUCUCGUCCACUCCCGGAUAGGGCGGGUCUUCUAUGGGACAGCCUCUGCCGACGGGGCCUUAGGGAGAAAAUAUAAAAUCCACACGCAGAAAGAUCUGAACCAUCACUUUGAGGUUUACAGAGGAGUGCUGGGAGAGCAGUGUGAGGAUCUGACAUCCAAAGUGGAGGUUUACAGGAAGGUGGAUUAUUAACGGAUCAGUUUAAGUUUGGAUCAAUUGGAGCUGUCACAGGUCGACUGUAGAAUACACUUUUUUACAUCAGCAUUUCCUUUAAAUAAAGUUUUUAAUCUUUUGGUUAUUGUUGUUAGGGCUGCAUAAUUGAAUCGGUAUUGCAAUAUGAACUAUAGCAAUAUUCAAAUCAAACAUAAUUUUUUUUAAAGGCUAAACAUGUAUAAAUAUGAUUUUGAAUGAAAAAUGAUAAAUCCCCAUAUUAUUAUAAUUGGAGUUAGGUCAAAAAUACAAAGUAUUUUUUUGUGCAGCCCUAAUUUUUUUUAUUGACGCCAUGUUUUAGAAAACCCAAAAAAGGUCUGCCUUUCCUCCCUGUGAUUUAAAGGCUUGUUUGAAGGAGCAAGUCAGUGACUCUGAAAGCUGAGAGAUUUGCCGUAGUUUGUCUAAGUCUUUGUGCAGACAUGCAUAGGUCCAGAUGAUCCGAUAUGGAGCAUGUUUCAUUAAAUCUGAUGCAAAAUGAUAAAUGUCUAUCUGAGUUUUGUAAAGUUUGAUGUAUCAGGAUUUGAAGAGGCUCUUUUUCUCCCCUUGUUUGCAGUGCAAUGACUCAAGUGUGUACAUUUGACCUUUUUCUCUGUGGAAUCUGACCGAAUGCAGCAUCUUUCCAAGCGUGUCAAAAAUAAUUCAGACGUUGUAUACAAAGCUCUCUCAUGUUAAUCCUGUGGAAUGUAUAUAAAAAAAGCUUUUUUGGUAAA